AUGGCUAUCUUCAAGAACUACUCUGCUUCCACCUCUUCUUCAAAGAGGUGGUACUACAUCAAUAUUCACCCGUGGCUUCUUCUCAUCAUUUUCACUUUCUACACUUCCUUUUCCUCAAACUUUGUUCCAUGUUUUCCAGCUAGUCCUUCAUCUACAAUCUCAUAUUCCGAUCACUGUGCUUCGUUUGUUCCCGGAACAAACUGGACGGUUAUUGGCUAUGCCUCUCCAAUACAUUUCCCACGACAUACGGGCUACUACACCACCAGUGACCCCAAUAUUGCAGACACAAGUUUGUUUUAUGAGGUCACAAAUUCUCUUGCUUUCAGCUUAUGGAGGGUCUAUGAAACUGAUGUCCAAGGCUUGUUCAGUGUUAAAGGAAAUUUGAUACUUUAUAGAGGCAGUAAUAUUUACUCUGGGAGUAAUGUCACGCUUAAUCGGUCUUACCAUUCGAAUCCCGUUUAUCUUGAGCACGCGAAUUCUUAUACAAGAGGUUCUAUGAGGUUCAGGCUACAUGGGUUUUGGUCACUAUCUUCUGGAAAGCUCUGCAUGGUUGGAGAGGGUUAUUAUUAUCCAAGAGGUGAGUCACUGACUUUUCCUGCUUUUCUUAAGCUCCAUAAUCUCAAGAACUCUUCUGAUCUCACUAGCGUGGUUACUGGAACAGUGGAAAGCUUGAUAAGUUCCGAUCAUAAUGAUCCGAACUACUUUAGUCCCAUCUCUGUCGUGUUGUUUCCCCGUUUGAACUACGAGUACACAUUGAUUUCACAUGAAUUUGAUAAUAGUACUUCUAGUUCUAGUAUUGAAGGUGAUGUUUCAACCCCUGGUUUGUCAUAUAAUUCUUUGCCAAGGUCAUUAUGUUCACUGUUAUCCUCUAGGACUUUGAGCCUGAAAUAUGCAAGCCAUUGCAGCAAUAGUUCUGAAAAGAAGUGUAAUCCAUUAGGGGAGUCUCUGAUCCAGCUUCCUAGUGUUCUUUCGCUCGAUGAAAUUGAAUGUGCGGAAACUAAACUGAGGCUGCGACUUUUGAUAAAGCUUUCCCGUCAGUUUGCUGAUAUCGGGAACUACAGAACGUUUGAUCCCAAUACAACAUUGGUUGGGGAAGGGACUUGGGACGCAAAGAAGAAUCAGUUACUCAUUGUGGCUUGCCGAUUUCUGAACGUGACAGAUUCUUGGGCUAAGGCUUAUGUGGGAGAUUGUUCUACAAGGUUAAGCCUUCAAUUCCCUGCAAUUUGGACAAUUGGCAACACUAGUAGCAUUGUGGGACAUGUUUGGAGCAACAAACCUGUCUCAGAUUCGGGUUACUUUGAGAAGAUCAGGUUCGAAAGUCCUGCUAGCAUUUUGGUAGGGGCUCCGGGCUUGAAGUACGAGUACACAAAGAUUGAGAAGGUAAGAAAGUGGUGCCCCAGAAAAGCGCUUGCUAAGAAGAAGGGAGAAAUAUACCCGAGCGCACUUUCGUAUGAUAUGAUGUUUGACAUAUUUGCUAAAAGGGCUACAAGAAGAAUCGCAAGAGGGUAUGCCGAACCCCUCUCUGUUGGAAGUCAGUUCUACGGCAGGCGUCGGUAUCAAAACCACUUCUCAAACUCAACUCUUGCAGAUGAAGAAUAUGUAUACCCAACCAAUAUUAGCUAUGGAAUAGGCCUAUACAACAGAUCAGGGGAAUCAAAUGAGACAUGGCAUAUCUCUGCUGAAGGCGUCUAUGAUGUCACAACAGGAAGCUUGUGCAUGGUAGGAUGUAGACAUGUUGUCUUAAACCAUAUGAUUGAUAGAAACGUGGACUGCGAGAUCCUUGUCAAAUUCCAAUUCCCUCCAAAGAUUUUUCAUGAGGGUGAAGGCUAUAUCAAGGGAAUCAUAGAAAGCAAGCGAGAAAAGUCCGACCCUCUUCACUUCGAACAUUUGGACUUGUCCUCGGCUGCUUCUGUCAUCGUCGAAGCACACGAGUCCAUUUUAAGGACUGAUGUGGAGAUUAUUAUGGCUAUGAUCUCCAACUCACUUGCUUGUGUUUUUGCAGCGUUGCAACUCUUUCAUUUCAGAAGGUAUCGUGAUGUUCUUCCCUUUGUUUCCCUUACCAUGAUAUCCACUCUAACUUUGGGCUACGCAAUACCACUUUUGAUGGACUUGAAAUCCAUGCUCAUGACAAGUUUCGAAAGCCAAAAUGUGUUGCUUGGAAGUGGCGGAUGGCUUGAAGCCAAAGGAGUAACUGAAGGGGCAACAGCAUUGAUUCUGUUCUUGUUGCAAUGUUGUCUCCUACAGCUCACAUGGUCGGCGAGAUCAUCCAAUGAAAACCGAAAUGGGCUUCAAAUUGCUGAGAAUGAGGCUCUUUUGGUGUCCUCACCAUUGUACGCUGGAUGCGCCUUUUUAAGUAUUUUCUUCACUUGGAGAAAAAGAAAACAUGAUCUUGUCAUGCUUUCCUCAGCCUCUUUCACAAGUUACAAGGAGAACCCCAUUUGGGAUUUCUUAAAAUCUUAUGCUGAUCUACUCUUGGACGCCUUUCUUUUGCCCCAAAUCCUUCUCAACACAUUCAGGGAUUCUAGAGAGAAGGCUCUAUCCUCUUACUUCUACAUUGGAACAACUCUUGUUCGAUUGUUGCCUCAUGCAUAUGGUCUUUACCGGGCUCAGAACUCGUCGUUCAAGUUGGUUUCAAUCGCUUGGGAUGUGAUAAUUCCUUGCGGAAGUCUUCUUUUUGCCAUAAUCAUUUACUUGCAGCAGCGGUUCGGAGGUCUUUGCAUCCUUCCGUUUAAGUUGUGUGUAUGA